CCAGUUUUUGACCAUCUAUUUUCGUGUAUAUAUUGUGGAAGAUUUUGCAGAUAGUGGAUGUUGAGAAUAUUGUGCUGCUAGGUGAACACUAGAGAGAUUACUGACUUCUAAUUAACUUGAGCCAUGGAGAAAAUAAUCAGCAAGAUAUGCAUGUACCUUCGGAGGCUCGGUUGUCUACCACCAGGCCAAAGCUCUACUAAAGGUCGAUUACUUUUCCUGAUGAGCAUAUACUUCAUCCUACAAGCACACGUGAUCAUAGUGCAGAAGUGGAACCUAUUCGAACAACGGAUCACAGCCAUGGAAAACAUAAACAUUUUCUACGCCUUCUUCUUCGCAAUCACUGACUACUACCUGUUUCCCCAGCACCUGAAGACUAUGAUGGAGGUGAUCAAAUUUCCGCACUACAAAUACGAUAAAAGAUUACACCAACCAGAUUUGGCAGCUGAGUGUAGCGAUAUGAUAAGACAUACUAAACGAACCUGGUCUAAAACUGGGAUUAUUCUAGAAAUCGCGAUGAAAUGUUUCUUUUUCAGCUCCAAUAUUCUGCCUGUUAUCGGGUUCAUACAACACACCAUGGGUUAUGAAUCUGAGAACGAUCUAACACUGCCUUUUGUCUCAUACUUUUCUGUUGGUAAAAACAACCUAAAAUCCUAUAUUUUCAUAUUGUUAGUUGAAAUGAUAUACAUCUACUACGCUUUUAUACUAGCAAUACUGCUGUAUUUAAUGACAAUUGCCAGUGUGCAUAAUGUGAUACUAGAAAUGCGACUGUUCUGUAUGUGUUUGCAAGGAUUCAAUGAGAAUUAUUUGAAAAGAAUCGGCAGCAUUUGUGAUGCUAAUAAGGAUCCUAAGAGAAGCGGGGGAGAUGAAAUAAGGGAUGAAAUAUUGAUCUUGAAGUUGUUAUCUAAAGAAUUGUCAGAGCAUCAUCAACUUAUAUACAGAAAAGUAUAUAUGCUGAAGAAGGGGUUCAAAUUCCAGCUAUGCUAUGGAAAUGGUGUAAUUUGCUUUCAACUCUGCUUCGCUACAUUUUGUUUCUUGAAAGACGAUCUGAUGUUCAAACUGAAAUACGGGACAGUUACUUUCCUUGUAGCACUUCUUCUACUCAUUUUUUCUGAGAGUGGACAAGAAAUACAGAGACAGGAUGAAAAAUUGCACAUGGUGCUUUAUGAGUGCUCAUGGUACAACAAACCAUUAUGGUUCCAAAACUGCUUCAAAAUAAUGUUGACCCGCAACAGUAUACCAAUCAGAAUGGACGUUUACAAAAUUUUCACAUUGAAUAGGAACAAUGUAACGGUUGUGCUGAGAAGUGUAUAUUCGUAUUUCAAUUUCCUUAGACAGUUUUCUGGAGAUUUGUGAAAACGUGCAUGUAUUUAAUACGUAAUACCAUUCAUUGGGAAAUUCAUAUUUCAACUAGGGUAGAAUCUCAGUGAUCAUUCAACUAUUUACUGAUCAGUUAUGUAUUGAUCAGUAGGCUACUACUUACUGUUAUCAUAAUUCUUAUACUAUUUUGAUUAAACAUAUUAAA